AUGGCAGCAUCAAGUUCUACAGACUCCGACCUGCUGUGGUACCUAGAGAAGCUCGAUAAUAAGGAAUUUCAGAGUGUUAAGGAACAUCUCAUACGAGCACCUUUGGAGUUUGGACUGCCAGAGAUUCCGUGGCUUCAGCUAAGGAAAGCCCAACAAGAAGAUCUGGAUAAGAUAUUGACAACCAAUUAUGAGGCACAUAUUACCUGGAAUAUGAUGUUCAGCAUCUUUCAAAAGAUCAGUCGUCAAGAUCUCUGUGAGGAGAUCGAUGCCAGACGGAACCGUAACAAAGAGACAUACAAAAAUCUCAUAAUUAAAAAAUUACUACUCCAAUGGGAAGAAGGCAUUUAUCCAAAAGUUCAUGAUGAUUUCUAUGAUUCAAUUGCAUCGGGAAUUUUCCGCGUAUUUGAAAUGAUCUUCGAUCCUAAGUACAAUUUGUCAUCAGAUAACUUUAAUGUGUUCCUGAUAGGAGAGAGAGCAGCUGGAAAAACAAUGCUUAUAAAGAUGGCAGUGAUACUAUGGGUGAGUGGACGCAUAUGGAAGGAUACAUUCUCAUACAUCAUUCAUCUCACUUCUCGUGAGAUAAACCAGAUGGCCCACAGUAGCUUUGUUGAGCUGCUCUCCAAGGACUGGCCUGACAGCCGGGCUCCUGUGGCAGAUAUCCUGUCUGAUUCCCGGAAGCUCUUGUUUAUCCUUGAGGACUUGGACAACAUAAAGUUCAUCUUAAACAUGGAUGAAUCUGCUUUGUGUAGUGACAGCAGGAAGCAGGUGCCAGUAUUGGUACUCCUGGUCAGUUUGUUCAAGAGAAAAAUGGCACCAGGUUCCUCAUUCCUCAUCUCAACCAGGCCUGGGCGACAGGAUGCCAUGGAUGCAUUAUUGAAGGAAACAGAUUACUCCAUCAAUCUGAAUUUCAUCGAUGAAAUAAGGCAGAGGUAUUUCACCUUAUUCUUUAAAGACAGUAGGAAGGCUACAAUAGCCUUCAAAUUUGUCCAGGAGAAUGAAAUGCUUGUGGAUCUGUGCAACGUGCCCAUCUUGUGCUGGGUUGUUUGCACGACCCUGAAUCACCAGAUGGACAAGGCGGAUGAUGUCAAACUCAAGUUCCGAACAUCCACUGACAUACAUGCCCAUUUUCUCACCAACGCGUUGAUGUCUGAGCCUGGUAUGGUUGCUGGUCAGCAUCACCUGGUCCUUCUAGAGCGUCUGUGUUGGCUGGCUUUAGAAGGGCUGUUGCAAGACGUAUUGGACUUCAGUAACCAAGACCUCAGAAGUGUUGGGCUUACCGAGGCUGAUGUCUCUGUGUUGCAGACCACAAAUAUUCUUACGCGGAGCAGCAACUGUGAAGACCAUUGCACGUUCAUACACCUGCGUGUCCAGGAGUUUUGUGCAGCCAUAGCGUACAUGAGGCCAUUGAUCGCAUCCCUGCUCCCCUCAACCAGUAAAGAAAAAGAGAGGAGGGCAGAAUAUAAGUAUCUUAGUCCAAUAAUGACUUGCAUUUUUGGUCUUCUUAACAAGAAGACGAGAGACAUUCUUGAGACAUCCUUUGGCUGUCAACUAUUAUCAGAGAUGCACCGGCAGUAUUUCCUGGAGCAAAUGGAAAACUUGGGUGCUAAUCCAACAGCAAUGGAACACCACGUACCUUUGUUUUAUUGUCUCUUUGAGAACCAGGAGGAAGAAUUUGUGAAACAGAUAAUGGGAUUUUUCGUAGAAGCCACCAUUUUUAUCCAAGAAAACAAAGAUCUGAUGGUUUCAUCAUAUUGUCUGAAGCGCUGCCAUACGCUACAGAAACUUAGGUUGUGUAUUCAAGGCAUCUUUGAAAAGAAUUGCAUUUUUCUUCCUCUACGCAGUCAAAUGAGGAGCCUGACCCAUUGGAGAGACAUCUGCUCUCUGCUUUAUACCAAGGAGAACCUCCGAGAGCUGGAAAUUUGUAACAGCAAACUUGACAACACUUCGGAAAGGAUCCUCUGUAAAGCACUGGGACAUCCCAGCUGUCUACUUCAAACACUCAAGCUGACGUAUCUUGCUGUUGAUGCCAGAUUUGAGGACUUGUUCAAGGCCAUCGUUCAUAACCGGAAUCUGACACACUUGAGCCUGACUUGUAUGCCUGUUUCCCUAAAGAUGUUUUCACUUCUGCGUGAGGUCUUGGCCAAUCCAAUGUGCAACAUACAGCAUCUGAGCUUGAUGAAGUGUGAUCUGAAAACUAGCACCUGUGAAGAAAUCUCUUCAAUCCUCAUCAACAGCAAGAAGCUGAAACGACUGUCCUUAUCCAACAACCCGCUGAAUAACAACGGGGUGAAAAUUCUAUGCGAUGCCUUGCUCCACCCAGGCUGUGCUCUUGAGUCACUGGUGUUAUUCUUCUGUUGCCUCACUGAAACCUCUUGCAGCUCAAUUGGGAGAGUUGUUAUGCUCAGCAGAACUAUAAAACAUCUAGAUGUGAGUGUAAAUUACCUACAAAAUCAUGGAGCAUUGGUCUUAAUUUUGUCCUUGAUGAUGCCAACCUGUCAGUUACAGGAGCUGGAGCUGUCAGGUUGUUUUUUCACCACUGAUGUCUGUCGAGACAUUGCCGCUGCUAUUAUUACUAACAAAAACCUGAGGAGCCUGGAGCUUGGGAGCAAUAAUAUAGGGGAUGCAGGAGUGGAGCUGUUGUGUAAUGCCUUGAAACACCCAACCUGCAAUUUAGAGAAUCUUGGGCUAGAAGAGUGUAUGCUGACCAAUACCUGCUGUGAGAGUAUUGCCUCUGUUCUUAUCAGCAGCAAAACACUGAAAAAACUCAGUCUGCUUGGAAACGAAUUGGAUGAGGAAGGAAUUGUGCAACUCCUUCAGGGCUUAGGGCACCCUGAUUGCAUACUUCAGACAAUUGGUCUUCAAAUAAGUGAUGUAGGUGCAGAGACCCUGGAGUUGCUGAGGACUGUGAGAGAGAAAAACGCUAAACUGGUCUUCGUGGACCAAUCCUGGGCUAAGAAGGAAGGCAGACAACUCGAGGAGAAGAUUGGUCAACACGAUUCUUCCCCAUUAGAUCAAGCUAGGCGUAACAUAGCUUGGCAUUCAAUCUCUUUCCAAAUGCCAAGAGUGUAUAGGCCCAUGAAAGGAUCAACUACAGGUUCUUGA